AUGCCUUCGUCUUCUUCUUCUACAACUGCAACUGAUUCAGUUGCCAAAAUCUCCAAAUGCAAAAUUCAUCCAGACAAAAACUCCAUAAUCAAAUCCUUGAAGCUCUCAGUUUCUGAUCUUCCCAUGCUCUCUUGCCAAUACAUCCAAAAGGGUGUCUUGCUCUCUCAACCUCCUUUGCCUCCCCACCACCUAAUUCCCCUCCUCAAACUUUCUCUCUCUAAAACCCUCUCUCAUUUCCCGGCCCUCGCCGGCCGCCUCUCCACCGACGACAAAGGGCAUGUCAACAUUAUCUGCAACGAUUCCGGUGUGGAGUUCGUUCAUUCCACCGCUACCCAUCUCUUCACCCAUCAAAUUCUACUCCCCAAUUGCGACGUUCACCCAUGCUUCAAGACUUUCUUUGCUUUUGACAAGACCUUGAGUUACGCCGGGCACCAUCAACCAAUCGCCGCCGUGCAAGUGACAGAGCUUGGGGAUGGGGUUUUUAUUGGGUGCACCGUUAAUCACGCGGUGGUCGACGGGACUUCCUUCUGGAAUUUUUUUAAUACUUUUGCUGAGAUCUCGAAAGGAGCCAUGAAAGUAACGAACUCGCCGAAUUUUUGCCGGGAAAAUGUUUUUAACUCUCCGGUGGUCCUGCCACUUCCCGACGGUGGACCGGCUGCUACGUUUUCCGGUGAUGAGCCGCUACGGGAGAGGAUCAUUCACUUUAGCAGGGAAUCAAUCUUGAAGAUGAAAUUCAGAGCCAAUAAUCCGUUAUGGAAACCCCAAAACUCCGAUCUGAACGACGCAGAGAUUUACGGGAAGGCGAAUAACGACGGUAACGGAAAACAUAACGGCACGUUAAAGCCCAAAAGUGAAAUUUCGUCAUUCCAAUCACUUUGUGCUCAAUUGUGGCGUUCUGUAACACGCGCGCGUAAUUUCCACGACACAAAAACGACGACGUUCAGGAUGGCUGUUAACUGUAGACAUCGAUUAGAUCCUAAGGUGGACCCCUUUUAUUUCGGUAACUUGAUCCAAAGCAUCCCAACCGUUGCUUCCGUUGGGGACCUACUUUCACAUGACUUGUCGUGGGCAGCCAAUCAGCUCCACCAAAAUGUGGUGGCACAUGAUAAUGUUACUGUGCGCCGAGGUGUGAAGGAUUGGGAAAACAAUCCAAAGUUGUUUCCUUUGGGUAACUUUGAUGGUGCUAUGAUAACCAUGGGAAGUUCUCCUAGGUUUCCAAUGUAUAACAAUGACUUCGGGUGGGGUCGGCCCAUGGCGAUUCGCAGCGGUAAGGCUAAUAAAUUUGAUGGUAAGAUUUCGGCUUUUCCAGGUCGUGACGGUGAUGGCAGUGUUGAUCUUGAGGUGGUAUUAGCUCCCGAGACCAUGGCCGGCCUUGAAUGUGAUCAAGAAUUUAUGCAAUACGUGUCUUAA